AUGGCUGAUCAAACCUCACUCCCAUCAUCUCCCACAAUGAACCCUCCUACUUCACCCAUUUCAUCUUUCUUGAAUUCCCCAAGGUUUUUCAGUGGCUUACUCACCAAGAAAACCCAAUUUUCAGACAAAGAUACUACUAAUUAUAAUUAUGCUGUCAUGAGCCCAACCUCAAUUCUUGAUUCCAAGAAAAACCUCAGUUUUGUCAACCCAUUUGGCCAUGACAACAAAAUGCUGUCCAAAUCCCCAAACCCAACUGCCCAACGAGGGACUAAUAAGGCGAUCGGCCUCGCCUUGAUCGACUCGAUCGAUCAGGAAAAUGUCGACGAGGGUAAAUCAGGAAAAAUAUCCAAGCCAGUUAACAGGGCAGCUUUGUUUGGAUCAAAGCUUAAGGUCCAAAUUCCUGAUACAAACCCCACCACAUCUUCGGUCGAAUUCGGAAUCAAGACUCGGAAUCCUCAGAUUUCGAGCCCUUGUUCGAGCACCCCGGUUAAAGAUUUUGCUAGGCAGCUGUCCUUGAAAGAAAUGGAGCUCUCUGAGGACUAUACUUGUGUUAUCUCUCAUGGUCCUAAUCCUAAGACUACCCAUAUUUUCGAUGAUUGUGUUGUGGAGAGCUGUUUGGGGGAUCAUUCAGAGAAUAAUUAUCCUGAGUGUAAGAAAAUGGACUGUGGUGUGUUUGAGACUGACUAUUCAUCUUCAUCUUCAUCUCCAUCACAAGAUUUCUUGAGCUUUUGUCACACUUGCAAGGAUAGUUUAGGACAGGGCAAAGACAUUUACAUUUACAAGGGAGAGAAAGCUUUUUGCAGCCAUGAAUGUCGGUGCCAAGAGAUGUUUUUUGAAGGACUGAAAAAUCCAGACUUGGAUGGAUAA